GCAAGCAAGAAUGAUGGAUAAAUCUAAAAACUUCCGCAUAGAUGCUUUGCUGUCUGUCGAGACUCACAGGUCCGUUCCUAACGCUUCCUCUCCAGGUCUGAGCGGAGACAGACCCUCGGGGAGCCCCGGCAACUGCCUCCGGACAGAGACGCCCUCUCCCCGGUCUACGGUGCAGCUACAAGCAGCAAUCAUUCCCAAACCAGGUCUGCUGAACCUGCCGCACCCGGGACUUACAUCCUUCCAGCACGGUGCCAUAUCUGCCAUGUACCCGGCGCCAAUGUAUCCGAUCUCCGCACUUGCAGCCCAGCAUCCCGCUUUUGCCUACACCGGCUUCCCGCACCUGGGGCAGCCCCACCCGGAGCACCUGAAGGCGGCUGCGGCGGCUGCUGCUGCCGGAUCCUUCCCACUGGAGCACUGGAUCCGGGCAGGAAUCAUGGUACCCAGACUGCAGGACUACAACUCAGCCCCGCAGUCUGGCCUGAUGGGGAAGUGUCGCCGGCCACGCACCGCCUUCACCAGCCAGCAGCUCCUGGAGCUGGAGAACCAGUUCAAACUCAACAAGUACCUCUCCCGGCCCAAGCGCUUCGAAGUGGCCACCUCGCUGAUGCUCACCGAGACACAGGUGAAGAUCUGGUUCCAGAACCGGCGGAUGAAGUGGAAGAGGAGCCGGAAAGCCAAGGAGCAGGCAGCACAGGCCGAAGCUGAGAAGCAGCGAGGGGGGAAGCCCACGGACAAGCUGCUGCCUGGAGAGAGCCGGCCCAGCGUGGGGGAAGAUGAGGAGGAUGAGGAAGAGGAAGAGGAAGAUGAAGCUCAAUCACACCCCACAGACUACCUGCAGCAUGCCUCUGACCUCAGCUACAGCCCCCACAGCUCCUGCUCUGAGGACGAGCUUGGCAUGACUGACAGGAAAAUCAGAGCCGGCUUGUGAAGGAACCCCACUGAAGAGACUGGGGAUUUAUUUAUAUGGGGAGGGGCUCAAUGUGGGGGUACUGCUUUUUCAACUGCUUUAUUUAAAAUGGGGGGCAUAGCUCAGUGGAAAGAGCUUCUGGACUGCCCCACUGUCAGUUUACCAUUAUUUAUAAGUGUGAGUGAGUGUAUGAAUGAAUCGGGGUGUCACAGUGGGUUAAAGCCCCAGACUGUAUAUACUAAUAUAAGUAAACCAGUAGUAGAAUAUCAUGCUCUUUCCUAAUUCUGAAAGUGCAGCAACUGAACAGAUAUAAUAUAUCAAAAUCACAAUAUUUCUAUGGUUAUACUUUUACUUCACCAAAUCUUCACACCAUUGAAUGCUGGUAGUUACUGGCAUUUAGGGUUUAAAAUUGCAGGCAUUUGGGGAUCAGUUGGCUGAACUUUUCUAUGUUAAAGAUCAGAUAACCCCAAGUACAAAGACACCAGCAAAACGAGUCACCCAGCCCCUCUUUACAGUUAUUAGAUUUGUUGUGGAUGAGGGUCUGUGUGUUUGUAGUGCCACUGCUGGAGUUCAGAGCAUACUGAGCUAAAACUUAGUCAAAUAAAGACCACGUCCCAUUUGUUUUGCUCCUUUUAAAACAUGCUGCAAGAUGAGGUGACCUGAAUUAAAACAGAGAGCUGGUUCACUAUUCUUUAAUUCCUGGCUAGGGUCUGAAUGCAGCUCAGGUCACAAGUGAAAUGUGUCCCCACUCGAAAGAUGACCACAACUCAAGGGCAGGGGGUGUUCAGGCCAGGAUUCAGGUGCACUUGCUUGCUAAGCUGCCUGACUAUAACCAGCACCAUUGUCCCUCACCUUUUAUGAGUGGCCAUAAAAAUGAAGAACAAAAUGGCGCACCAAAGAUAAAGUGUGAAAUGGAGCUACAGGUGAAACCUGGUUACUUUGUAUUGAGCUGGACAUUGUCUGUCGGUGCCAGAAGUUAUGUAUGGAAAGUAUAGAAAAUGAAUGUAUUUAAAUGUGUGUACCAUAGUAAAACAUAGCAAAGUGUUGUAACGCAUUGUGAAAAACAAGGUAAAUCAUAGGUAACGAAUAGGAAAGCAUUAUAAAUAAUGCAUGCUAAAAACCAUGGUAAACUACGAUCUUAUGGUAAAUGAAUAGAGUAGUAUAGGGAACCUCCAAAAGUACCAUGGAAAUAGAGGCUGUCAACUGGAAUUAAAAGCUGUCCAUUGCUGUAAUAAGAUAUCAUGAGCUAUAGUGUGUUAAAGUACACUGCACAGUACUUCUGAUAUGGCAGUAACAGUAAUUGAUAGUGAAUGUGUAUUGGUCCAUGCUAUUGUGAUGCCAUUGGUAUGUCAGGAUAUGAACAUGUUCCAUCUGUGCUCUCAGUUGAUGGCUGCCUCAUACCAUCCUGGCUGUUCUGGGGUUGCUGUUGUCCAGUAGUCCAGAACCAUCACAUUGGCAUUGAAACUCAAUGAGGAAGGGAUUGGCUCAUGUAAUGGAAAUGCAUUUAUAAACUAUCAAGCCCACAACGGACAAAAGGGUCAUUUCACCAGAACAUGUAGAGCCACUGCAUACAACAAGCUUUGUAUAAGGAUGAAUGGAGAGAAUACAAUUCCGACUUGAUGAGAUCACCAAGACAAGGACAGAUGUGAUGUACAGCAGCCCUGCAGUCAGCCAGGACAGAAUGCAGAUGUGAUGUACAGCAGCUGUGCAGUCAGCCAAGACAGAAUGCAGAUGUGAUGUACAGCAGCUGUGCAGUCAGCCAAGACAGAAUGCAGAUGUGAUGUACAGCAGCUGUGCAGUCAGCCAGGACAGAAUGCAGAUGUGAUGUACAGCAGCUGUACAGUCAGCCAGGACAGAAUGCAGAUGUGAUGUACAGCAGCUGUGCAGUCAGCCAGGACAGAAUGCUGUUUUCUGUGUGAGGUAGCCAGUGAUCCCUGAAGCGUGGACUUUUCAUAGAACUCAAAACAACUGUGAAACAUUUCAACUCUUUUUUAUUUGAACAUUUUAAAGGUCGGAACAGAUGCAUUAUUUAAUUUAUUUGUAUUUUUGAAAUCUAUUUAUCUCUUAAUUAUUCUGUAUAUGUGUGUUAAUGUCUUGGUGGAAUAAUGGAAAGGCUGUCCAUGUGUAGAGAACUUACUGUUUCUGUUUUCUUAUGUGAGAAAUUCAUCAAACCCCAAAAAUAGUUUGGAGUAAAUAAAUGAAAUAAAAACGUGUUCAAUGUUGAUAUACAUUCCCAGCAGACUCUAUGAGUCAGCAACUAGUCUCCAUUUCUGCCUAAUCAUUAUCUUAGCAAGUUUACAGCCACAUUAGUAAAAUAAAUUUGCAUUUUCGU